UAUAUAUAUGUGUGUGUUCUAGUGAGCUGCUUUUCAUUCUGCGCUUAACUCGUCUUGUGGAUUAUUCAAGCUGCUGGAAACUACAAUAGAGCCAACAAUGGCAGGUGGAACCUGUGAGAUAAGCAGCAUCUUCAACAACUACGUCAAUACUUUAUACCCAACGAUGCCCGCACAACUGGAGGCAACCAACACUGUGCCAAGUCAGGAUACAGACAAAUUCCUCACCUUUGCUACCCCAGAGCCAAGCAAUGAACUUACAGAGCCAUUUAGGUUGGAUCAGGAUUUACCAGAAACGUGGUCCCAACAGCAGGUGUUGAACUGGAUCAGUUACCAUGUGGAAAGGUACAAGUGGGAUGCCUGUACAAUGGAUCUGACCCAAUGUGAGAUGGAUGGAAAACAACUUUGUCAACUAAGCAGAGAAGAAAUGAACACUAUGUUUGGAGGACUUGGCGACAAACUCUAUGAACACCUUUGCCAGUUGAAGGAAUGGCAAGUUCCUGAACUCAACGGUGAUUAUGAUAUCAAGUGGUAUUUUCCAGAGUUUGACUUGGACCUGAUCCACGAUAUUCUCAGAAAUGAACACAAUUUCAAGAAGGAAUCAGACCCUGGGUAUUAUACUGAUCACAUGUCUUCUGACAGUUUAUUGUCCAUUCCAUCAGCAGCUGAGUCACGCAGUCCACAUGCUGGAGAUUCUGCCGGCAGUGACCUUGAAGCAGAAGUAAAGGAUCACACAGGCAGAGAUGAUUCUCCAAGUUAUAUCAAAACUGAUGGAGGCCCUAAUAAACGUAGGAGGGGGAGACCACGGAAGUUGAAUUCAGACUGCCGUGAUAUUUUAGAGACCAAGAAAAGCAAGCACUCUGCACGUGGGACUCAUCUAUGGGAAUUUAUUCGGGAUAUCUUGCUGCAUCCAGAUUCGAAUCAGGGUCUUCUCAAGUGGGAGGACAGAUCUGAAGGGGUCUUCAAAUUCCUUCGCUCUGAGGCAGUAGCUCAGCUGUGGGGACAGAAGAAGAAAAAUGCCAACAUGACAUAUGAGAAGCUGAGUCGUGCUAUGAGAUAUUACUACAAGAGGGAGAUCCUGGAACGUGUAGAUGGACGCAGAUUGGUGUAUAAAUUUGGAAAGAACUCUAGUGGGUGGAGGUUGGAAGAUAAAGGACUAUUGUGAGUUAAGCUAACUGAAUAAGUCACCAGCUCACUCAAAGUGCAUCGUCUCCUUUUGAGACCUUCCUGGGUGCUUUGUAUACUGUAUGUCAGACUCCAACCUUUUUUGAAGGACAAUUAUGUAGCACCAUUUUUACGGUGUAACUUAAGCUGAUAUUUUAGCAUCAGUAGGUUGUUGUAAACCAGUUUUAAUAUGCUUAUAAUUUUUAACCCUUUUUAAAUAUAAUUUGUUUUGUGUGUUGUACAUUAAGAUUUGCAAUCGGGGAUACAGAAUGUGAUGUGAAAGUUAAAAAGCAUGGUACAAAAAUAACAUUUCAUCCUAAAGAAUACAAUUUUUGAUGCCAGAAAUC